GUCAGUAUGGACGGAUCAAACAUGACCAAGAUUCUGGAAAACCCCCGUCUGGCAUCAGUUUUAUCGAUAGACAGAUCGGUCAAACGAAUCUACUGGUCAAGCCAGUCAAACAUCGAAAGUGUAGACUACGCUGGUGCAAAUCGUCAAGUGAUCACAUCGAUUACUUCACUUCCGUUGAGCCUGACAGUUAUCCGUGGCCAGAUCAUCUGGUUGACGAUUAAUCUUACAGGUCGGAAAAUGCUUUGGACCUGUAGACUCAACAAAACUACGGGUUCGUGCGAUUCUGUUAGGGAAUUACAGCUUAAUAACAAUGAAAAUAUGUUUAAGAUAAAGGGCUACGACUCCGAAGAGAUAUCCUCUAUAAUGAAUUCUACAUCGAACCCUUGUACAACGGACAACGGAGGAUGUGAACAGUUCUGUCUGUUAAGUAACAGCGUUAGGAAGGGUUACAGUUGUGCCUGCAAAUCAGACCAAAGGUUAAAGGAAGAUAAGAAGAGUUGUGUCGGACCUACCGAUCAAGCUUUUCUCAUGUACGUGCAAGGCGCCUUUGCUCGAGGAAAGAUGCUCGAUCAUCUUGGGGCUAACGACAGCGAAGAAUUGAGAUUUGGCGAAGCAAUUUACCCGGUGGGCUUGCGGCUACUUCCAUUAGACAAAUACGACACGAUUUACUUUGCUUACGACGUACGUGAGCGCCUGAUUUACCAAGUCGAGAAGGGCAGUGUAGUAGAGACUAGCCUAAUAGAGUAUGACCGACAGCCUGCCCUUAUCGACAUCAUACCAAAAAGCGAGGCGCUGUACUUAACGACUGACUGGGUUUCCAAACUCAUCUACGUAUGCACGAACAUGGCUAAAAAGUCAAGCGCUAACGAAAUCCGCAUUUACCCGUACCAUUAUUAUGCAAACAUGGAGAGCUACAAGAUCCUGGUUCAGUUUGAAAAGAAGUACAGACUGGGAAGCAUCGUUGCUCAUCCAAAUCGUGGUUACGUGUUUUUCAUAUUGGCCGAGUUGGGAGCCACCAGUAUUCAAACAAGGAUUGUAAGGACAAACAGCGAUGGUACAGGCAAGCACUUCUUCCUGGAAAAUGAACGGUUACAGAGAUUUGGUUUGGCGAUUGAUUUUCUGGACGAUAGACUGUACUGGUUCAGUAAAGACGGAACAGAGUUGAAAAGCAUCAAGGUUGAUGGCUCCAUGGAUUCUUUAAGAAGCAUCAACAUAUCAAUGAUAUCCUAUCCAAUGUCCAUGAGCUUCGACAAAAACUUCGCCUAUGUGGGCAACUGGACACACGUCUGGCGCCUGGAUAAGGCAACCGGAGCUUCAGCCGUUCACUUGAAACACGUGAAUCCAGACAUGCAGGAUUUUCUAUCUGGUGUAAGCUACCACAAUCUUGCGGCUCAACCGAUUAUCGAUAAUCAUCCCUGUGUCAUUGACAAAGGCGGCUGUCAGACUUUCUGCUUUGCCGUUCCCGACGAAAAAACUCCCAAAAAGUUGAAUAAGAAGUGCGGAUGUUUCGAGGGGGAAAAUCUACAGUUUGAUGGAAAAAGUUGUGUCUGAUACAAUGUGUGAUUAAGACCAGUAAGCAUUAUUGUGUGAAUAAAUAAAUUUUGUUAUAAAA